AUGCAAACCUUAAUUUUACCUCAUUUAUUAGUUCAUCCUUUCACUCGUUCACAAGUUGUUUCGGUGAAACAAAAUUCUACUGUCCCUUAUAUUCCUCCCGAAAUUAUUCGUAUCAUUCUUGGUUUAUUAAGAAACGAUAAAAAUACUCUUGCUUCUUGCGCUUUGGUUAAUCAUACUUUUAACCUUCUUGUUACUCCAAUAUUAUAUCAUACUGUCGCUUUCACUUCUCCUUAUACUUUUACUCUUUUUGCAAAUUCCACGACUGAUAUUAGUAAACGUUGUUCCAAAAUGGUUCGUCAUUUGGACCUUUCUGGUUUUUCCACUUGUGGACUACGAAAGAGUUCCUCUUCCAUCCAAACUGUUAUCACUCCUGAAAUUUUAAUUCAUAUUCUAAGAUCUUUUCCUUCCUUAAAAGCUUUCUCCGUUUCUGAAACUUUAGAAUCCGUAAUUACCCUCGACGUUUUAAAGGUUCUUUUCCUAGAAUGUAAAAAUAUUAUUACUGUUGAUUUCUGUGGAUGUUCUAGUAAACAAUUCGGCAAUGCUUUGGAUGAGUUCACUUCUCUAAUAGGUCGCGUUAAAAUAGAUCACCAUUUCGAUAACGAUAAUGAGGAAUUAAUCUCUUUUAAUAUGGUUCAUAAACCUUUAUUAUCUCACUUACAACGACUUUCUCUUCAUGAAUGCCCCGUAAUUUCAGAAUCUUCAAUCAUCAUCCCUCUACUAGCUCAUGCUCCAAAUCUUACUCACCUUGACUUGGGUGGUUGUUCUGUAGGCGAUUUAACUUUAACUUUUUUGGUCGAAGGAACAAACGCUCCAUCAACAUUAUCCCAUUUAUUAUUGGCAAAGUGUAAAAAUAUUUCCUCCACCGCUAUCGCUUCUUUUGUCUUCAGAUGUUCUAAAUUAAAAACUCUUAACCUUUAUGGUGAAAGGGAUAUAGCCACUGCAAUUCAAGAAUGCGAUUUAAUUACUAUACUUCGUUCACCUAGUGCUAAAAAUUUUUUGACAUUAGACAUUGGAUCUUCUCAAAUAACUCCAAUGAUUUUAUCGGCAAUUAAAGAAAAUUGCUCAUCUUUACAAAAUCUUGGAAUUUCAAGGGCUCAAAUUUCAAAUAUUAAUCUUAUCAAUGAUCUUUUAAUCGCCAUGCCGAAUUUACAAUACCUUGAUCUUACUUCGAUCCGAUGUUUCACUCCCUUAAACACUAAUGGUCUAUUCACCAACAUAACAAAAAACAAUCAUUCCAUUCACACUAUCGAAAUGAGCGAAUCUUUACUUAAAAAACUUUGUGCCAUUGAGGGAUGGAAGAUUAAUGUGAAUUAUGGCAGAAGAUGGUAUUAUGCUCGCGAAACUCAUGGUGUUGUCAAACCCGAAAUGGUACAUUGCAGGAAAUUGGAUAUCAACGAAUUUGGAGCAGGAUGUAUGAGCAAGAUUUUUCAAUAUUAUAGUUUUGGCGUGUGA